AUGUCCUUCUUGAACAACGGUUCCACCGUGGCGUGUAGGGCAGCCACUGCCACAAGGUUUAAUGGGUUUUCUGGCGAUGCUUUCAAAUCUCACCCAUUGCACCAAUAUGGAGUAGGCUCUUCAGAAGCCUCUUCAGGGUUCAUGAGAUCAAGGUUUUUGUCUAAGCUUCCCAACAAGAGGAGCAUGAGAGCACCGAGAAUGAGGUGGACAAGCACCCUCCAUGCUCGAUUUGUCCAUGCGGUUGAACUUCUCGGAGGCCAUGAAAGAGCUACUCCAAAAUCAGUUCUUGAGCUCAUGGAUGUGAAGGAUCUAACAUUGGCUCAUGUCAAAAGCCAUUUGCAGAUGUAUCGAACUGUUAAGACCACUGACAAAUCUGCAGCAUCUUCAGGCCAUUCCGAUGGGUCUGGAGAGGAUGAUUUAUCUCCUAUAGGCAGCACCGCAGAUCGCGGCGGUCUCCGGCAAUUCCCCAACAACAGAGGGCGGCAGGAAUGGGUGGCGCAACAAGACAUGGACUAUUCUUCCACCACCACUCUUUGGAGUAACUCUUCAAGUUGUGGAGAGUCGCGACUAAGAACUACUUCUAACGACAUAGAUGGUCUCAGAUCACCUAUCCUCCAGUCACAAACAAUACCAGGAGCCCAGCAAAUUGAGGAAUGUGAUUCAACCAAACAGAAGAACAACAUGGCAGGUUCUAAUUUGGAGUGCAAAAACCCAAGCUUGGAAUUCACAUUAGGGAGACCUCAUUGGGAUGGCAAAGAACAAGCCUAG